GUGACAAAUAAGGUAUUCACGAAGAAUGCAAAACGCGUUGUCGAUACUGAGAACUAUUAGUGAUUAGUUGCUUUUUUCACACGAUUUUAAUCGGAUUUAAUGUUUCGCGACACAUACACGAUUUUCGAACAAAUUACUUAUGUGCAUGUUAUAUGAUUUCAGCAUUUAGUGCGUUAUUUGAUGAUCUCCGGUGGGACAUGGAAAUAUCUGAAGGCAAUGUACAAAUAAGAAAUCAGCCGACAAACUUGAUCUCAGCGUACGAUAAGCGGAAGGAUGAUGAGCCCGAGGUGGAUCUUAAUGAAGUCGAAAUAAUUACAUCAGCGCAGCAUUUUUGCGCAAUCAAGAUCAGAGAGACUAAGAACUAUGAUGAGAAAACGAUUGACAAAGAUCAGAGUGAAGCGAACGAAUCAAACACUUCAGAAUCCACUUUAGAAAAUAUACAACAUACCGAGAACGGCGCUAUUACCAACGUGCUAACAGAUCCAAUUUAUUUAGACUCCUUGAACUCUAAUUCCAUAAAUAUUGAGUUCCAAAAACAGUCAAACGCAACGGAAGUGUUCAUUCGAAGCAACGAACAGAUAACAACUAAUUACAAUAUAUCUACAGUGACUAUAUCGAACAAACUUUUGGAUGGGCUUAAUAUCAAUAUAAAAAAGGAGGAUGACGAAGAUCACGGCACAUUAUAUACCGCAGAAUGGUUAUGCGACGGCAAUAACGACGCCAAUAUACGACUGAGGAUCUUGAAGGAUGCCAAACAAAAUGUACAAAUUCCCGUUGACGUUGACGACAUAAUCACGUUAGCAAAACGUAAAAACCAAUUAACGGAUAGCAAGGAUAGCCUUGAACAGGAAAAAACUAAAUUAUCCAGAAGAUCAAAAAAACACGUCAAGCUGAAGUCCGCCGUGCAUCAUCAAGACUACAGGGAAAGAUUGAGGAAAAAGGCUGAAUGUAUGAGAGAGAAACGGAAAAAGCUAUACGAGCAAGAGAGCGAGGAGCAACGUUUGCAAAGGUUGGCAAAAGAAGCGGCGAAGAGACGCGAGAUGAGAAUGUAUUACGAGACUCCGGAGCAACGGAGGAAACGACUCGACGCUGAAGCAGCUAGAAAAAGAGAAUAUAGAAUGUAUAACGAGACGCCGGAAGAUAGGAGAAAGCGACUUGAUCGUGAAGCUGAAAGAAGAAGAAUUAAGAGAUUGUCAUUAUACGCAAACGAAACGCCGGAACAGAGAAGGGAAAGAUUAAAUAAAGAGUCGGCAAAGAGGCGAGAGGCCCGCUUGAGUCAGUAUGCUAAAGAGACAGAAGAGGAAAGGAAGGAAAGAUUGCGAAGAGACGCGCUGAGAGCCAGGGAAAUGAGAUUCACAAGAUCCGCCAUCGAGACGGAAGAGGAGCGUAGGCAAAGGUUAGUAAAGGAUGCCCUUAGAAAAAGGGAGGUAAGAAUGCAUGGCAGUCAUGCAGUGAACAAUAAUUUUACGGAACUCCGAACCGUUCGCAAUUUUCAAGAAUUGAACGAUGUGCAGAUAAGAGACAAUCCCGAAAAUCAAUUGGACGGCCAUUAUCUGAGCAACUGGAUGAUGUGGUUUCAAAAUACAUUGACACAGACGGUUCACAGUGAAGAACAGGUCGCAGAGCCGCAAGCACAGCAUAAUAGAUAACUUGUGUUUUUCGUUAUGAGCAUGAUUUCUCAAGAACUUUCGUAUAUGAACGCGAUAAUUGAUAAUAGAAAACAAUCUGGAUGUGCUUUAUAUAUGCUUUCUAUAUAAUUCUCGGACGUGGAGAGACAAAAUCGUAACGGCACAAUUACCAUUACGCCAAUUACUUAUUUGAUAGCAUUACGAGACAAUAGCAAUAGCAAGAGAGUUAUAAAUUCAUAUUAGAAACACUAUUUUAUAAUAUUUAUAAACACCGGAACGAACACAAUUACGCUGCUUUGUCGACAACUAAAAAAAAAUCUUAUAACAGUUAUAACUUAAUUCACAUUAUUUGUAUCAACUGCUGAGGACAGAUGAAGACUUCAGAGAAAAACCGAACAUUUUUCAGUGUGUUUGCGUAAUGUUUAAUCGUGCGACUAAUUAUUUAAAUAUUUAAAAGAUUUUCUUGCUCGUAAAAGAUACGAGAUACAUCUUAAAGUAACAUAGUUACUCUUUGAUGUUAGGUUUAAGUGUAUAAAUAAAUUUUAAGAGAGGUUGAUGCGACGAAAGAAUGGGAGUUGUACAUUGAAAAAACAGACAAGAGAAGCAAUUCUUGCCAGUGCCUUUUAUUCAUUGUUCAACAAAAUAAGCGUUCAGACUGAAUUCAUUAAUACAUAUAUGGCAUUUGAACAUGAGUGAAUGAUUCUGGUGAAAGUUUGACUGUCUCUUGUGCUAUUUGUACAGACAGUUAUUAUGUACUUCUUUCUACAGUUCCUUUAUAAUAAAUAUAAUAAUAAAUUAUGUUAUAAUACGUCA